CCAGGUGUGUUCUAGCCGGAAGGCUCAGCCUGGGCAUCAGGGGGAGGGGUGGAUCGGGCGGGGCUCGCUCAAGGCACCCGCUGUGCACCUUAUCUGGCGUUGCCUGCUGGGUCACCCUGCGCACCUGGACUGGCCUGCGCCCAUGUGACCAUGUACCUCCUCUGGCCUCUCCAGAUCCAGUCACUUGGACCUCCUGCUCCUGCUCUGGCCUUGUUCCCGCGGUUACUCUCUUUGCUCCACGCCAGCUCCUCCAGGAAGCCUUCCCUGAAGGAUCCGGGCCUGCGGGAGCCUCUUUGCUGUAGGAAGAUCCCACCUCUGGGUUCUUUCAGGCCUGACCACCUGUCAGGCAGCCUCUGGCAGCCAGGAGCACACAGCAGCCAGCCCCUUCCAGGGGGCAGAGUCACAGCCAUCCCCAUGUCACAGGGGACCAAGGCCCAGCAAGCAGGGCCUUCCUGGCUGUUGAGCCCCAGCUCCACACCCCAGAUCCCACUGCCAGCCGUGCCCUGUCACACCCUCUUCAGCCCUUGUGACACUGUGUCCACAGUUCCUGAGAUGCUUCCAGGUCCUCCUCAGUGCAUGGCUGUCAUAAGACAGAGUGAGGACAGGAGGGGAGUGCGGAGCUCCCGGAAAUCGGGCUUGUCAGCCAAGGUGUACACUGCUAGUGGAAAUACCCAGAAACGGUGGAAUAAAGAUGUUCCAGGACUACGGUUGAAGUUUGAUCAUCAACAAACCCAGACUACAAGAAACAUCCAGGGCAGAAACGUCCUGGCUAAAAGGAAAUCAUAGCAGGUGCCAACUUCGCUCUACAAGAGCAAGGGCAGGGCCCCGGGAAUCCCAAGUAUGUGGGUGUCUAGGCGAGGUGCUUUCCUGGGCUGUAACUUUUUCUUCGAAAGAUAUUGUUUAAAGGAACAUGUAUUACAAUAAAAGCACAAAAUGCGG